ACUUCACAUGCCAUCACUGCAUCUCAAAUCCUCUCCAUCCAUCCAUUCAGUCGCCUUUACUUUACCUACCUUCCCACUAACGUGCAUCAUUCCCCACCUCACCCACGGUACUUCACGCCUCCGCUUCAGGUGUGGCUGUUAAUUCUGGCUAGUGUGGUCGCUGUUUUCAUUAGUUUCGCCAGCGUGAUGUGGGCAGAGGCGAGGCUUUCCCUGCAGGAGAGGCACAGGGACCCUCUCACCACCUCGGGGCUGUGGGUCGUCAAGGCGCUCACACAGGAAGCAACGGAAUGGUUGCCACGGACGGACGGGUGUCGUCUGCUGGUCGUAACGUGGCUGCUUGCGUCGUUGGUGUUCAUGUCGUCCUACAGCGGCAUCCUGACGGCCAUGCUCACAGUGCCCCGCGUCACCAUCCCCAUCGACUCCCUGCAGGAUCUCGUGAGUCAGUCGUGGAUGCCCUGGCGGCUGGAGUCCGGGUCAUGGAUGUUGCAGUACUUCAGGGUGCGUGUUGGGGCCUUGAGUGAAGGAGAGGAAGAUUAAAGUGAGAGAGAGUAUAUGGGGAGGGACACAUGCGCAGAGGAAAGGAAGGGAAUGGAUGUGGAAAGGAAAGUGAUAUGAAAAAGCUAUGGCAAGGACAAAUAUUGAAGGUAGAAAAACUACGAUAGGGAGAAGAGGUAAUUAAGAAAAAAAGGGAGGAGGGUUGUCAGAUUAAAUAAAAUCUGAAGAAGGAAAUGAGAAAGGAGAUGUACCCAUAGAAAGAGUGAAUGUUGUGAAGUAAAUCUUGAUAAUAUGAUCAGAGGUUCAGACCCUUUAUUGAUUUAUCAUAGCGUCUAAAAAGACAGAUACGAGGAAAUUUUUAUAAACAACUCUCUGAUGACUCCUCAAGGAGUCACCAGAAGGAAUCUCUCGGGACGUGUACGAGGGUCACGAGGGAACCAUAGUUGACUGCUGGGCUGCACGGGAACCCAUCGCACGGGGCCUGUACGCCGGCAUUUGUGACCACACCACCAUGAAGAAGGCCAUGUCGUGGGACUUCAGCACCACCGGCAGCUGUCACCUGUAUAUCGCCCACGAGGUGGUGUUCAGCUUCAACUUGGCCGUCGCCUUCAGGACAAAGUCGCCGUACAGAGAGGCAGCCAACUACUGGAUCAUGAAGCUGAAGGAGGCUGGAGUGAUAGACAUGUGGCUGAAGAACGAGAUCGUCAACACCUCGCAGUGCCUCAAGUCGCCUUCCACUGACAGACCUUCCAGCCAGAUAUUCGCCCUCGACCUGGACUCCUACAUCGGGUCCUUCCUGGUGUUGAUCACUGGCAUGCUUUUGGCGCUGUUGUCUUUCAUGGCGGAAAUGCUGACAAAGGGGUGCCAACACAAUGAAUAGAGGCCAGAAUGAUGGCCCUGAAAUCUCUCUGCCUGCCACCCCUUUGCUCCAUUCAUCGCCGUUCACCCGAGCCACUUACUACUUGCUUCUCCUUUGUGUUGGAUUCAGCAUGCAGAAGAUAUACAUUAGUCCAUUACAAAUGUACGUACAGUCGGAUGCAAUAAAACCUCUCCCAGCCUUGUUCCAUAUAUUCAUUAGCGACUUGUGUCACCUCCUAUAUAACCCGAUAAAGGCUGUUGUUUUCCUGUGAUUGGUUUAACCCCCUCAAAACUAAGCUUCGAGGCCACACUUACUCUGCCCCCGUCUUUUCUCAUGAUCAGUACUUCCCCGCCUCCCAUUCCCCUUAACACCACAACCACCAGCCUCCUCCUCCUCCUCCUUCUCCACCCAGUUCCCUUCCAUCUUCACUGUUAUUACCUCCUCUGAUCCCCCCCUCUCCUCCUUCCUCUGACAGCCUCAUCUUUUCCUCCUCCCUCCCUUCAACCACCUCCUCCUCUUUCACCUUCCGUUUUCCUCCCACCCAUCUCCCCACCACAACCACCAUCCAGUCCUCUUCCACCACCAGGAAAACAACAGCCUUCGUCAGGUAGGAGAUGACACAUGUCGCUACUGAAUAUAUACGACAGGACUGACAGAGAUUUUAUUGCCAACUGUACAUUAU